AUGGAUGAAGAAGAGCAGAGAAAAUGGAAGCAUACCUACAAAAAAAUGGAAGCAUUUUUAUCAACCCUCCCCAGAGAAAAAGGUUGGCUAAGUGAGCAUCUCUUCCAGUUCCAAGGAUUUUGGUACCACAAAAGAACCCUCCAAGGAACCAUAGUUGCCCAACAACACUUAAAGGCACGAUCUUCCGAUAUUUUCUUGGUCACAUAUCCGAAAUCCGGCACCCCGUGGAUUAAGGCCAUUGCAUUUGCUAUAAUGAACCGAACCCAUUACAAUCACCAAACCCGUCCUUCGAUACCUGCUUGUUUCUUUUUGCACUUUGCAACGAAGGUGAGAGCCAAGGAUCUGCCACCCCUUUUUCAGGAAGAAAUGUUGGAACAAUUUGCUAGAGGAGUCUCACCGUAUGGAUCCUACUGGGAUCAGGUGCUAGGAUAUUGGAAAGCAAGCUUAGAAUGGCCCCAUAGGGUGCUGUUCUUAAAAUAUGAUGAGAUGAAGAGUGAGCCCGCCGUUCAUGUAAAAAGAUUGGCAGAAUUCAUGGGGCAACCCCUCUCUUUGGAGGAAGAAAGAGAUGGUGCAGUGCAUGCGCUAGUAGAGUUGUGUAGCUUUGAGGGCUUGAGCAACUUGGAGGUGAAAAAGACAGGGAAGCGACAGGCUGGACAAUCCUUGGAACAAAAGAUACUGCAGCUACCCAUACUGGUGUGA